AUUUACACACAUAAUCCGGUUCGCUUUUACGACAUUCUCUGAGGCGAUUCGAGCGAUUCUGUUUGUUUCAUCACUUUCACUGUUUUGCCCGUUAUACAUCAGUUCUUAUUAGAUUAUCACUAUUUCGAUCAUGGGCAAGGCUUCAGCGAAUGUUUUAUUUGACCCUGUACACAACAGUUGUUGUGAUCUGGAUGUCGAGAAAAAUCCCGAAUUGACGAAUUUCAGUAGUAUUUUGGAUUUCAUGGACCGUAUCCCUAUUAAGAAAGCGCUGACGGAUCAACGGCCGAUCUACAGAUCUCAUUUAAGUCGUUUCUGGAAAAAUGCUACAUACGAUGAGGAGCGCAAAGUAAUUUCUUCUGUGGUUGAAGUGCAUGGGAAGUUGGAAACAAUUUUAGUAACUGAAGCUUUAGUACGUGAAGUGGUCAACUUUCCCGAUGAAGCUAAUUAUCCUACACGGUUUCCCGAAAGGAUGGUGAAAGGGUGUAUGCUGAGGUUGGGAUACAGAGGAGCGUUAAACAUCGGAAAUUAUCUAAAGUCGAAGUUUCAGAAGUCGUUCAAGUUUCUCAUUCACUGUAUUUUGAUUUCUUUAAGUCAUACAAAAGGAAGUUACGACCAAAUGAGAGACUAUCAGAUGAACAUGUUGACUGCUUUGGUAUUGAACAAGAAAUAUAAUUUCUCUCACAUCGUUUUUCACUACAUGGCAGAGAAUAUUACUACCAAAGUCAGGGCGUGGAAGUAUCCAAGAUUUGUUCAAAUGUUGAUAGAUCACGCAUAUCCGGAGAUUGAUAGGAAUAUUAAAGAUGAUUUAUUGGUGCAAGCUCACAUGUCUAACAAAACUUUGAAGCAGUUAGUGAAUUAUCAUCCGAAUCAUCCAGAGCCAACACUUGUUGUCGAGCCAUUUGGUUGUAUUAAAGAUGCAAAAUAUGUUGAUCCGGAUCCAGUGAAUCAUCAAAACUGGAGGAAUGAGGAAGAAAUGAAAGAGGCAAUGUACGCUGAUGAGCUGAAGAUUCUCGAAAAUUUCAAAACCACGAAGAAUGAAUGGUACGUGAAAGAGUUUGGGAGAAGACGCAGAUUGGCGACUCCUACAGCAGAACAGGGUGAAGGAUCAUCGUCUAAACCAAAGAAGAAACAAAAGAAAACGGCUAGAACUAUGUUGAUAGAUGAGCCUGAAGAAGACAAUCCUGUUGUUGAUGUUGAAAAGGAUCAAGAUGUAAAUGCUGAAGAUGUUCCAUCUAACACUGAUGUUUUGAUUGAUAUUGAUAUGCUUGAAACAGGGCCAGAUUUUGUUGCAAAUGUUGUACAUACUGUAACUGCUGAAGUUCAGAAAGAGAAAGAAAAGGUUAUAGAUGAUAUUGAAGGUGACGAUGUGGACAAAGACACAACUAGUUCAUCAAGUUCAUCAGAUGACGAAGUUGUAGAUGAGGCUGAACGUCAAAGAAGAAUGAAGGAGGAGAUAGAGAAAGAAAAGUUACUCAGGAAAAGGAAGAGGCAAGAAAAGGACGAUGAUGCUCCUUAUGUUCCUUCACCAGAGCAUGUUUCUGAAUCGCAAUCAACUCCAAGAGGUAGAAAGAAAGCUGCUGGUCGUAAGAGAGCAACUCCAAAGGUUAGAGUGUCAAAGAGACCUCAGAAGAUUGUGCAGAAGCCUCCUACACCUCGACAUGAACCAACACCACCACAAUCACCUAUUCACCAAUCACCACCCAGACAACCUACUCCUCCACAACAACCAUCACCACCCAGAUUACCAACACCACCAAGACAACCAUCACCUACUCCUCAAUCAACACCACCACAACAACAAAAACUUUUCUCUUCACAAGAUUUAUUCGUGUUGAAGUUGGAAAAGAGAAUGGAGAAUGUGAUAGCUGAAAACAAGAAGUUGGCAGCUGAGAAUAAGAAGGUAGCUGAUAGAGAAAAACUUCUUGCGGCUCGUGUGCAGAAGUUAGAAAGUGAAAAUAAAGAGUUGGUGAAGAAAAUUGAAGCUGAUCAAACAGAGAUUGAUAUCUUAAAGGUUCGUGUGACUGAGCUUGAAGAAGAAAAGAAUCGACGUGAUGAUCAGAAUGAAUACUUCAAGCUAAAAAACAAAGAGCUUGCAGCAUCUAAGGCUUUAAGGGAUCAUGAAUUCUAUAUGCUGAACAGAGUAGUAGAAAGCAUGCUUGGAACGUCGGUCAAUCAAAAGUUUGAAGAAUUGAAAGUUGAAGACCUUCGAGCUGAACGUCAAGCUGAAAUAGAAAGACAAAUGAAGGAUAAGGGUAAAGGAGUUGAAGGAAGUUCAUCUGUGCCUGAAAUGGCUUUAGUACCUUCGAUGGUUACAGAGAAUCCUGAAUCGAUAUCUGCAGUUUCUGGUUUGUUCGAAGAAGAAACACCUAUGCAUGAGUUGAUAGGUGAUGACGAUGAGGAAGAUGAUGAAGAAGAUGAUGAUGAUAAAGUAGUGUUCUCUGCUAGCAGUCAUAGUUCAAAAGGUGACGAUGAUUAUGAUGCUGCAGGUGGUGUAACAACUCUCCUUAAAAUUAAUAAUUAGAGUGAUAAUUAGUCAAUAAGGAAACCCUAAUUGAGACACCCAA